GAGAGUUAGAUUAAGGUAAACAAUCAAAUUAACAUAACAAAAAGAGAGAUAUUAAUUCCAAAUUAGAAAAUAUGGUGAGAACUCCUUUUAUUGACACAAAUGGAAUAAAAAGAGGUGCAUGGAGUGAAGAUGAAGACAACAAAUUAAGAGUUUUUGUUGAAAGAUUUGGUCAUCCCAAUUGGAGGCAACUGCCUAAAUAUGCUGGACUGAUGAGAUGUGGAAAGAGCUGCAGGUUGAGAUGGAUGAAUUACUUAAGGCCUGAUUUGAAGAAAGGGAAUUAUAGUCUUGAAGAAGAUCAACUCAUAAUUAAAUUACACAAUGAACUUGGAAAUAGAUGGUCUGCGAUUGCUGAGAAAUUAGGAGGAAGAUCGGACAACGAUGUCAAAAAUCACUGGCAUGCUCAUCUUAAGAAACGUGUGAGAUUAAUAAAUACAAAUUCAUCACAGUCUGGAUCGUGUCAAUUAAAUGAGCAAAAUGUUGCUGCAACCUUAACGUAUCCAGAGGUUUCAUCAAGUGAUCAUUUAUAUUCCCUUUUCAAUGGAUUAACGGACUUGAUCGAACAAAAUCAGUCCAUUGCACAACUUUCAUUUUUCACUUCAUUCGAAAUAGAUUCCUUUUCCUGGACAAAUAAUAUCGAGACUGAAUCCUUUGACCUUUUUUCAACCCAACCCUUUGAUAAUUUCUGGACAAAACCUUUCUUUUAAGACAUUUUUCAUGAUCAGAACUCGAAUCUAAAAUUUCGAAACAAUUCCAAAUAUUACCAUCACAACCCAUGUACUAUAGCAUAAUGACAUUUCAGAGUAUUUAAUUUUGUAUUUUGAAUGAAUAAUUACACUAUACCCCAUAUCAAGCUUGUCGCUUUGCUUUAGUCAAAUUGUCUUUUAGAUAAUUGAUCCUUCCUCGAACGUGCCAAAAGGAUAUUUUAUUCUCAUGAAUAUAUAAAUGAAACUUGUAAUAGUAUAUAUUUG